AUGAGAGGAGGCUAUUUAAACCUGUGGCUGUCAGCUCCAGCAGAGAUGAAGACUGACGGCGUGGCGCAGACCUUCAGCGGGAGGAAGCAGAGUCUGAUCGAGGAUGCGCGCAGGGAGCGCAGCAGCGGCGGCGGUUCCGCGGGCUCUCCGGGGCCCUCCAGGUACGGAGACGGCUUCGUGUUUGAGGAGAAGGAAGGCAGGGUGACUCUGAACGUCCUGUUCGGCCUCAGCAAUGAGAAAAACGCGGGGUUCUUCAAGACGGGGAAAAUAUUUGAGACGUUUGAAGCCAAACUCCUCCACAUCGAGAGCCGACCGGGCAGGAAGUCUAAGAACAGCACGGCCGACCUGGAGUUCUUCAUGAAGUGUGAAGUUCACUGCUCCGACCUGGACGUGUUCAUCAACUCGCUGAAGAGGGUGGCUGACGACGUUCGCUGCGUGCCAGAAGAAAAGGUCCCCUGGUUUCCCCGACAGAUGAAAGACCUCGACAGAUGCACCCUGUUGAUAACCAAGUUUGAUCCGGACAUGGACCACGACCAUCCAGGAUACAAUGAUCCUGAAUACAGAAAGAGACGGGCUGCCAUCUCUGAGCUCGCCUUCAGAUACAAACAGGGGGACCCGCUACCCAUGGUGGAGUACACAGCAGAGGAAAUAUCUACAUGGAGGCAGGUCUACCAGCAGCUCAGGAGCAUUUACCCGAGUCUGGCCUGCAAACAGUUCCUGGACGGCCUGCAGCAGCUGGAGAAAGAGUGCGGCUACGGAGAGGACCGCAUCCCUCAGCUAAGAGAGGUCUCCUCCUUCCUCAAAGAGAAAACUGGUUUCCAGCUGCGUCCAGUAGCCGGCCUGCUGUCAGCCCGAGACUUCCUCGCCAGUUUGGCCUUCAGGGUGUUUCAGUGCACGCAGUACAUCCGACACUCCUCUGCACCCAUGCACUCUCCUGAACCAGACUGCUGCCACGAGCUGCUCGGCCAUAUCCCCAUGCUGGCGGAUAAGGAAUUCGCACAGUUUUCACAGGAAAUUGGACUUGCCUCACUUGGAGCUUCUGAUGAGGACAUUGAGAAACUGUCAACGUUAUACUGGUUCACUGUGGAGUUUGGCCUCUGCAAGCAGAAUGGAACAGUGAAAGCUUACGGUGCUGGACUUCUGUCCUCCUACGGAGAGCUUGUUUACGCCCUGUCGAAUGAGCCCGAGUACAAGCCGUUCAACCCGGAGGAGACGGCGGUGCAGCCGUACCAGGACCAAACCUACCAGCCGGUUUACUUUGUGUCCGAGAGCUUUGAGGAUGCAAAGAUGAAGCUGAGGAAAUACUCUGCCAACAUCAAGCGCCCCUUUGCUGUCCGCUACGACCCCUUCACCUGCAGCAUGGAGGUCCUGGAUCAACCCAGUAAGAUCCAGAACGCCCUGAGCCAGAUGAGGGAGGAUCUGAAGACCCUUCACAGUGCCCUGGAGAAGCUCAGCUCAUCUUAA